AUCCAAUCGAGAAUUAUGGCAAGCAAAGCUCUCAUCGCUCUGGCCGUGCUCCUGUGCGCCAACGCCGUCUGCGGCGUGAACAUCAUCAGCAAGUCGCAGUGGGGCGGCCGCUCGCCCAAUGGCAAAUCGACGCUCGCCAACAAGCUGAGCUACGCCGUGAUCCACCACACCGCCGGCAACUACUGCACCACCCGCGCUGCCUGCGAGCAGCAGCUGCGCAACAUCCAGGCCUACCACAUGGACAGCUUGGGUUGGGCGGACAUCGGCUACAACUUCCUGAUCGGCGGCGAUGGCAACGUGUACGAGGGCCGUGGCUGGAACGUGAUGGGCGCCCAUGCCACCAGCUGGAACGCCAAGUCCAUUGGCAUCUCCUUCCUGGGCAACUACAACAACGACAGACUCACCUCGGCCCAGAUCGCGGCGGCCAAGAGCCUGCUGGCCGAUGCCGUCAGCCGUGGCCAGCUCGUUUCCGGCUACACUCUGUACGGCCAUCGCCAGGUCGGCUCCACCGAGUGCCCC